AUGCUCAGGCGUUGGCAAGGGGCGCGGGCGGCCCUUAUGGUAGUCGCCAUGUCAGUCUCGCUUGUCAGCUGCGAACUGCAACAAGGGGAGGAAGGAGGAGACGGAAGCUGCAAGGCAAGCUUCAAGCACUGGAUCUCGGAGGGUGCCACAGCAUUCCCUAGGCUCAAGAUCAAAACUAGUCCUGGAAUGGAUCCGAUCAUGCAGUUUCAAGACACGGAAGCAGUGCCUGAGGGGAAUCUUGGGAAAGCGAGAGUUGAUAUUAGCGUAAGAUCAAGCGUUGCUGAGAACAUUCACCAACACAACUUACCUCAGGAGAUGGAGAUUGGAGAGGAUCCUGUUCUGGCUGACAAGGCGGAAGCAACUAAGCAGGCAAGGUUAGCGAAAGAAGAGCAGGCAAAGAAAGAAAGAGAGAUGCAAGAUCCCAAAAUCUCUAGAUGA